AUGGCGACAUCAUCAGUCAGAAACAUCGAGGCCGAGGAAGUCCCGGAAAGAGAUUCGUCAGUAAGAGAGAAAGACCCCAGCGACAACGUGGAGCUGGAUUAUCUGGACCAGCAAUUGCACUUCGAGGAUGUCAAGCUAUCAUUCAUUGGCAUCUACAGCUACGCAACACGGAUUGACCUGUGCCUAGUGGCCAUCAGCACAGUAUUUGCCGUCAUCGGGGGUGCGUUAAUCCCCGUCACUCCGAUAAUUAGUUCUCGAAUCAUUCUCAUAUUUUCCGAAGCCGAGUCGCAGGGUGACGAGUUUCGUUCGCAGCUAGAUCGCUAUACGGUGUACUAUGUGUACAUCGUGGUGGCCGCGCUGGUUACUUGGUUUUUGUCGACGGCGGGCUUCAACUAUACUGGGGCCAGAAUAACGCGGACCAUAAGGCUGCGUUACUUUGAGUCUAUGUUAAAGCAGAAUAUGGCUGUCUUCGACGAUAAAGGCACAGGCAAUAUUCUCUCUCAGCUCACAGAUGACACAAAGGCCAUCCAGGAAGCCAUAUCAUCAGCUAUCUCAGACGAUGAGUGCUCUUGCAUGGAUUGGAUUCUGAUGUUUGAACCGAUUUGGUCCCUCGCGGUGGGCUAUGCUGUUCUCUAUAUCGGAGGCAAGUUGACGGUUCGUUAUAGUAGCCAGAGCAUCGAAGCUUCCUCAGCUGGAUCUGCCAUUAUUGAGGAGGCCUUGGGCUCUAUCAAGACCACAACCUCACUUGGAAUCCAGGAGCAUAUUCAUGGCACAUACAUGAGCUUUUUGGCUAAGGCGGCCAAGAAAGGAGUUAUCGUCUCUUCCUUAAACUCAAUUUUGAUUGCCAUUUGCGUCGCCUGUGGCUACAUGAAUGUGGCCUUAGCAUUUUGGCAGGGAUCUAGGCGUCUCACCGAAAACAAGACAUCAUUCACUGCUGUUGUGGCUAUUGCCAUGGUGACAAAGUCAGCAGCCUUCUGUGUCUUAGGAGUCGGCUCAAAUAUGGAGGCCUUUGCUGCAGCUCUUGCUGGAGCUCGCCGACUAUCUAGUAUGAUCUGGCGCGUGUCCCCCCUUGACUCAUCCUCUGACCAGGGAAGCACGCCAGAUCAGUACAAUGCUACUAUGGAUUUGCAGAAUGUGAAACAUGUUUAUCCAUGUCGCCCAAAAAUUACCGUCCUAAAUGAUGUGAGCAUCAAGCUUCCCAUGGGAAAGACUACGGCUAUAGUAGGGCACUCUGGAUCAGGAAAGAGCUCUAUAUCGAAUAUGCUCCAGCGAUUCUAUGAUCUGCUAGCUGGACGUGUUCUUCUAGACGGAAAGGAUCUCAGCUAUUAUCAGCUUCGCUGGCUACGACAACAAAUAGCCGUCGUGAGACAGGAGUCUUUUAUGUUUAAUAAGUCUGUAUUUGACAAUAUUGCACUUGGAUUCACGGGACCUCAGUGGAAAACUGCUUCUCAGGACAAGAUACGAGAAGCUGUGGAGAAGGCUGCAGAGACAGCGCAAGUGAGCGACUUUAUCAGCAAGCUUCCGCAAGGCUAUGAUACCAUUGUCGGAACCCGGGGCUCGAGGUUAUCUGGUCGACAACUUCAACGGAUCGCAAUUGCAAGAGCUAUAGUCAAUAAUCCGCGCAUUCUCAUAUUGGAUGAGGCAACGUCUGCGUUGGACAGUGAAACAGAAGCUAGGCUACUUUCCGCCUUGACCCAGGAAGAUAAACGACGAACGACCAUUGUCAUUGCCCAUCGCCUCUCCACUGUUCGCAAUGCUGAUAACAUUGUUGUGUUAAAUGCUGGACGUGUGGUUGAAAGCGGUAAGCAUGAUGCCCUCAUUGCGGCACGAUCAUCCUACUACGACCUUGUCAAUGCCCAGAACGUGGACUAUCACAACCAGGGAACCACGGACGAGGUCAAAGAGCAGAAAAGUGAGAAGACAGCAUUUAUUGAUACGGCUAGUCAGGCGGCAACUCAAGAGGAUAAUUCUGGACAAGGAAGUCAUGGAUCUAUCAGUAUUUCGACAACAGCUGAGGAGACAUCAUCCUCCAUCUUCUCUAUGAUAUCGUUCAUUUUCAACUUGAAUAAAGGAGAGUUGCAUUGGCUACUCAUAGGACUCAUUUGUUGCAUUAUUGCGGGAGGCGAAGAGCCUGCCUCAGCGGUACUUUUCGGUGAAGCAAUUUCAGCACUUGCCCAGCCCGUCGAUCAAACUGAGAGAAUUCUCUCUCAGGCAGCCUUCUAUUCGUGGAUGUUCUUGACACUCGCCCUUGUGAUGCUUAUCAGCUGUGCGGCUCAGGGCAUUGCCUUUGCAUUUAGCUCCGAAAAUCUUACAAAUCGAGUUCGCAGCAUCGUCCUGCAGAAAUAUCUCAGAAUGGAUAUAUCCUUUUUUGACAAGAAGGAAAAUUCGGCUGCUGCGCUUUCUAGCUUUCUAUCUAGUUCCACUAGUGACCUUACUGGUCUCAGUGGUAGUGCUCUCGGUAUUAUUCUUAUCUGCGUCUCCACGCUGAUCUCAGGUGUCGUGUUGUCGCUUGCUUUAGGGUGGAAAUUAGCUCUCGUGUGCUUCGCUGUCAUACCUCUCAUGAUUGGGGGUGGCUACUUUGGCGUUUAUCUUGUCGCAGAAUUUCAGAAAAAGAAUGAAAUAUUUGCCAAAGAUGUAGCAGAGUUCGCAGGAGAGACACUAAAUGGCAUCUAG